GCAAUUGGGCAUCUCUCUUUCUUUCCAUCACCUGCCCACCCCCGCCCAAAUCUUAUCCAAUCACAUCCUCUCUCUCUCUCUCCUCAAUUAAUAAACUAAUAAAAUUAUGUUCCUUUUACUCUUUUUCUACUCCUCUUACCUCUUAAUAUUUCUCUGUAAAUCCAAUGAAUUUAUACAUAAAUAUCAGGAUUAUUUUAAUGGGGAAUAAAAUGUAUGACUAGUUGUUCUUGAAAUACACACCCCCUUUCUUCCUUCUAACUUGGCUUUCUCAUUUCAUAUACUUUUUUUUGGUUGAUUUGAGUAACCCACAAAAAAAUAAGAAGAACCAGAUUUAUUCCCUGAUUAAUGGAGGGCUCUGCUUGUGAACGCCUUGCUUUUGGGAGGAUGGGUUUUGGAUGUCAACAUUACAGGCGAAGGUGCUUGAUUCGGGCUCCUUGUUGCAACGAGAUCUUCCCUUGUCGCCAUUGUCACAAUGAGGCCACUAGCAUGCUGCGCAACCCAAUGGAUCGGCAUGAACUAAAUCGAUGUGAUGUUAAGCAAGUUGUUUGUGCUGUUUGCGACACAGAGCAACCAGUGGGACGUGUCUGCACAAAUUGUGGUGUUAAUAUGGGGGAGUAUUUCUGUGAGAUAUGCAAGUUCUAUGAUGAUGAUAUUGAUAAAAUGCAAUUCCACUGUGAUGAUUGCGGGAUUUGUAGGGUUGGUGGCCGUGAGAACUUUUUCCACUGCAAGAGAUGUGGAUCUUGCUACUCAGUGGCUUUACGCAAUAAUCAUAUGUGUAUAGAGAAUUCCAUGCGCCAUCACUGUCCUAUAUGUUAUGAGUAUCUUUUCGACUCCUUGAAAGACACCACUGUCUUGAGAUGUGGGCAUACCAUGCAUUAUGAAUGCUGUCGUGAGAUGAUGAAGCGCGAUAAGUAUUGCUGCCCUAUAUGCUCAAAAUCAGUUAUUGAUAUGUCUACAACCUGGAAGAGAUUAGAUGAGGAGAUUGAAGCAACCACAAUGCCGGAGGAUUACAGAAACAAGAAGGUUUGGAUUCUUUGUAACGAUUGCAAUGAUACGACAGAGGUUUACUUCCACAUAAUUGGGCAGAAAUGCAGCCACUGUAGCUCUUAUAAUACCCGUCAAAUUGCGCCUCCAGUCUUUCCUUAAAAUUAUCAAACAGUCAGACAGAAGCGUACACCUUGUGUUAGCCGCUUUUGGCUGGAUAACACUCAUUUUUCUGUUGCCUUUCUUUCUUCACUGCAUCCAUUAUUGUGCAAGUUAAAAUCAGUAAUUUGCACCAUUCAUCAUCAUUUGGACAAGCAUUGUCAUAUGUGAACUUUAUAGUUUCUGGCAGAAGUCAUUCUCAUCAUAAUUUUUCAACCUGUAAAUUGAAGUCAAAUCUAGCCAUAUACAUUCACUUACGUGUAAACAUUGUGAUAAUAUGGUCGUUUAUCAUUAGUUCAUGCUAUUCUUCAAUA